AUGGCUAAAAUUACGACGAGAUGGCUGCAAUUGCGAAAUCAUCUGGUUCAUGAAGGCUUCGAGCUCAAACGUAUUUCGUCUGCUACUCAGCGAAUGCUUCAAGACCGAGACCGACAGAUCUAUGCUGAGGAAGAAGCUUCUGGAGAGCCCUCAGCCUGGAAAGAGGUAUAUGCUUUGAUGCGUUGUCCUGGGUCCUGUGAACUCGGCCCGCACUGCUGGCAGGAUCCUUACGGGAAAAAACACUAUAAGCUCUACCGGGAUCAGCUGGAGAGCUUGGUCAAAUGUGUGCAGAGCGGUGGAAUUUUACAGUCGCAUGAAGAUGUACCUGGUAUGAUUCGUGAGCAAAUCUAUAGAGCAGAGAGACAACGGCUCGACAGACCGCGAGCCAAUAAUCGAUCUACUGCUGAGGCAAGCUGCCCUCCCAUUACUAUCACAACCCGCACCCUUGCUUUUUCUUCUCUUCUCUUUCUUCUCUAUUGA